GUCACUGAUCAAAAAAUGUCCAAGCAUUCGGCCACCGGUUAUGGCACACUGCCCAUCAGCACCACCAUCACCAGCAGCAGUGCCACAGUUGAUAUGCCCCUGCCUACGACUCCUAACACAUUGAUCGCUCGGGCAAGGUUCCACACGGAGAAUUUUAUCGCUAGGCGUCGUCCAUGGAGAGAGUUUUUGGAUUACACAGCUGUGACAAGGCCAUUAAGCUAUGACGAUGCCACACGUAGAAUCAAGAGAAACCUUAACUAUUUUCGUGUGAAUUAUGCAAUGGUGAUUCUUCUCAUACUUUUCCUCAGUCUCAUAUAUCAGCCAGUGUCGAUGAUCACGUUUUUGGUUGUAUUCAUUGGUUGGUUUUUCCUUUACUUCUUUCGCGAUCCACGUAGUCCUGUUGUGAUAUUUAACCAUGUGUUUGACGACCGUGUUGUGUUGAUGGCUUUGAGUUUGUUGACAAUCUUUGCGUUGGCUUGUACGGAUGUGGGAGUGAUUCUAUUGGUGGCUAUAGGUAUCGGGGGUGGUUUGGUGGUGGUUCAUGCCGGAAUCAGGAGCACUGAUGAUUUGUAUUUGGAUGAACAAGAGGCUAAUGAUGGGGGCUUGGUUUCUGUUGUUGGUGACAAGUAAUUCCUCGAUAUGAACAAAUUUUUCAGUAAGAAUUUAUGUAUAGGUUUUGAUGAUAAGCAUUUGCCUGUAUUCCCUUUUGGCUAGUAUGAUUUUGUUAUU